UAUGACUGUUAGAUGAACCACUAAGAACACCAAACUCCUAUUGAUUAAUGGUUUGACUAGUAGUUUUCACUUUCAGGAUUUCCGGAACUUGUGUCCGGGACAAGCAAUUAGUCACCAAUACAGUCAAAAUCGGCGCCUUAUUUUUUGAUGUCAUGCAUAGUCAAUCAAGAUGGAUCAACCUUUUCUCCCUAACACAGGGCCAGAAGAAGAGUGUAGCCGACGGUCAUCCAUACGGAUCCCCUCCGGGUACCUUGAUCUUGGCACGGCGGGACGCCAAUCCACCGCUCAUCUCAUCACCAAUGAUGCCAUUAUCCCCAUCAUCACAACACCGAAUUCUUCCUCCUAUGUUAACCUUAUAGCCAACCUGAACAAGAAAAGAAAAAUCACUCGUCGUUCACAUUCUGCUCCAACAGUUUUCACUGAUGUCAGGGAAGCUUUUCAAGAUCCUGGAGACAGAAAACCAUCAAAAUCAACUCCUUUCAUCGUCCGCCAAGCCUUCAUUUGGCUGGUUUUAUACAUAUUGACUGGUAUUUUGAUAUACCUGAGCAGUGGAAGUUUCAAGGGGACUGAAACUCUCAAGCCAGUAGAUGCCUUGUACUUCAUUGUGGUUACACUCUGCACGAUUGGCUAUGGAGAUAUUGUCCCGGACACCACAUUUACCAAGCUUUUCACCUGUUUCUUUAUAUUGAUUGGUUUCGGAUUCAUCGGUAUUUUGCUUAAUGGAUUGGUUACUUACAUUUGCGAUAGACAAGAGUCGGUUCUUUUGAGCACAGUCGAUGAGAAUCGAUUCAACACAAUGGUUCAGACAUAUAUGAUAGAUAAAGCAAAAGGAAGGAUGAGAAUAAGAAUGAAAGUAUGCUUGGCUCUGGUAGUUGUCGUCGGCUGUGUUGCUAUUGGGACAGUAGCAGUGCAUUUUCUGGAAAACUUGGACUGGGUUAACAGUUUUUAUCUCUCUGUUACAUCUGUAACAACUGUAGGUUAUGGCGAUUUCGCUUUCACGACUGUAACAGGGAGGUGUUUUGCAAUUGUCUGGCUACUAGUAAGCACAUUAGCUGUUGCCAGGGCCUUCCUAUACUUGACAGAGCUUAGGAUUGACAAGAGAAGCCGCAAAAUUGCAAGAUGGGUUCUUCAGAAAAAGAUGACACUGGGGGAUUUGGUUGCUGCAGACCUCGACAAUGAUGGAUCUAUCAGUAAAUCUGAAUUUGUAAUCUACAAGCUCAAGGAGAUGGGAAAGAUAGCAGAGAAAGACAUCCUCCAAAUCUGCAACCAAUUUGAUGCACUAGACAAUAGCAAUUGUGGCAAAAUUACAGUGUCUGAUCUCAUGGAUAGUGACAGACUACAAUGACAUUUCCAAACUUUAUAAAGGGAAUAAGGCAGGAACCAUUUCUUGUUGGAUCUUGCCAUGGAGAUUGCCUAAUUGCAAAUCUCUUCAUACCGUACAGAAGCAGAACCACAAGAAUACAUGAUCGUUUUCUCAACAUGUAUAAAAAAAGCAAGCAGUUAGUGCUACAUCCUUCAGAUUCAUGGAAUAUUAGACUGUU